AUGAUUGAUGUACGCCCCAAGUUCAAUAAAAAUGGUCUUGGUUUCAGCCCUGGUAGGAAAAGGCUUACGCCUCCGGCAGUGGGUUUCAAUCUGAUCAAGUUUGUGAGUGGUGGUGUUAUUCAAGACGGCCAUGAGGGUGCCAUCUUCGACGCUGAAGAAGGGGACAUUGAUAUUGAUUUUGAUAGCUGGAUCCGCCCAAGCCCUGUUCUGGCAGCAGCAAAACUAUUAUGGUGUUUAUUUGACACCCUUACAUGGGACUGCAUUUCAAGGAUAUUUUUCCCAGAUUCUGAAUCUCUAGAAGUAAAUUGCUUAACCUUGUUCCCAAUAUAUCACCAUUCUUCUUUCUCCUUAGUUCAGAUAGUUCCAGCAUCAUUUGUAGAUAAACUAAUUAGUGGUCGCGUCAUGGCUAUGGCAUCGCUUUUAAGCGCUCUAAAAGCCCAAAAAAAGCACUACACCCAUGAGUUUUGGAGUCAUAAAGAAGGACUAAGAUGGCCACAAAAGUUCAUGACUCUUACGAACACUGGUAUUUUUUGGAGUAACAACUACUUUUGUAGGAUGAAGACCUUGGAUUGCUGUGGUGAUUUUCCUAAUGUGCCCCUCAUUGGUACAAAAGGAGGAAUCAGUUAUAGCCCUGUGUUAUCUCGUCGUCAAUUUGGUUUUCCUAUGGACAAGAAGCCAAGGAACAUUUUGUUGGAUGAGUUAUUUCUUGAAGAAAAGGUUGAAAACAAAGAGUUUAGAGAGAGGAUUCCUAAUGCUUGGCAUCCAAGUCAUAGGAAAGAAAUAAAAGAUUGGAAGAAAAAAGGGGACCUCUCACCUGAGCCUUUUGAAAGUUGGAUUGGUUCAAGAGCUGCUGAACUUAGAAUGCCUUAUCUUCCUGGGACGUCUCUACCUCCUAUUAAGAAACGUGCUCCACCUGUUGUUUCUCCCCUUACAAUUGAAGAACUCCAAGAAGCUCUGAAGAAGAUGAAGAAAUCAAGAGACCAUUGGAAGAAGAAGUUUGAAUACUCAUAG